AGGGAUGUUUUGCUAAAUGUUAGCCGCGGCAGGCUAACUUUGUCUCAUAGUUGGUAUCUGAUUUAGACUUCUCUGAAGUUAUCGGACACAGCUCGGCCUCCGGGAACACCGCAGAUAAAUGUGAUUUUUAAACGUUUUAAAACAAACGGAGACAUGAACGGGAGCACGAAUCCGCUGCUGGACAAAGAGGAGCAUGUUUUGAAGCUCGGAGAAAGCUUUGAGAAGAGGCCAAAAUCUUCCUUUCACACCAUCAGAUAUGACUUCAAACCAGCAUCUAUCGACACGAGCUGUGAGGGAGAGCUACAAGUUGGGAAAGGAGAUGAAGUUACCAUAACGUUACCUCACAUUCCGGGCUCAACGCCUCCCAUGACGGUGUUCAAAGGAAACAAGCGGCCUUACCAGAAGGACUGUGUGCUCAUCAUUAACCACGACACUGGGGAAUUCGUACUGGAGAAGCUGAGCAGCAGCAUCCAGGUCAAGAAAACCAGGGCAGAGGGCAGCAGUAAGAUCCAGGCCCGAAUCGAACAGCAGUCGGUCCGGUCCAGCCAGCCCAGCUCUCAGUUCCGGGCCCCCACCAAGCCCGGGGCCGGAGUCAAGACAUCCCCUUCCCCUUCGAAGGAUAACCCCUCCCCAGAGCCCCAGCUCGACGACAUCAAAAGAGAGCUGCGAGCGGAGGUGGAGGUGAUAGAGCAGAUGAGCAGCAGCGGCAGCAGCAGCUCCUCCGACUCGGCCAGCGCCUCGGGGAGCGGCGACGACAGCAGCAGCAGCGACGGCGAGCACGACGCCCCCCGACCGCUCAGUCAGACCUCCCCCAACCGCCACCCCAUGGCCAACGGAGGAGCCGACCGGCAGCAGGGCAACAACCAGCUCAUGAACACGCUCAGAAACGACCUCCAGCUCAGCGAAUCAGGCAGCGACAGCGAUGACGACUGACUUCUGCGCUGGUCAGUCUCUCUCUCUGCCCACACUCCUCUUCCUCCUUUCUGCCUGGUUCACUUGUUCCUUUGCUGUGGUAGCUGACCCCAGCUGUAUAUCUUGGGUUGACUGUAUUUUUUUUUUUUUUAUCUUUAUUAUUUUAGUAUAUCCUUAAAGCUGGCCAGCCUGGAACUUUAAGAGUGUAUUUUUAUUAGAUGUAUAUUUUGUUUUGUAUAGCAAAACUCUAGGAAAAAGAAACUUUUACUUGAGAGGUUUGGAAGAUUAUAUAUUAGAGUGCACAUACAUAUUUUCUGUACUUAGAGCAGCUAGUUUUACCUACUUGUAUCAUCUGUUUUUGUUGGGGUUUCGUCUCUGUGUCGGGACGAGGAAGAGGUCGGCUCGAUAUAUCGCGGCUCGGUCUCUCCCCUCGUCGCGUCGUUUGUCAGAGAAGGUUGUGGGAAUCGUCUCCACGUCGUGCUGCCGGCGAAUGAGCAACAAGUCGAGGAAAAAAAAAAAAAACUCCCAUUGUGCAGCAGUGUUUCUUUUUUUGUGGUUUGAAACUGUUUGCUGCUCAUUUUAGAAAUUAAUCUUGAAAAGGUUGUGAUUAACUAUCAACCUAAUGUCAGAUGACCUUCAUUAAAGGACAAGGCUGCUGAUUAUAUUUUCCUUAUUGUCAAUGAAUCUCAUGAAAACACCAGAACCAACAAUGUGCUAGUGUCCCGGUACUGAUCGCCUUCUCUGCCCUGAGCUCACUGAUUCCUACUGAAAAUGUAAAUCUUUAAAAAUCGGAUCACAAGGAUAAAGAUCGAUACAGUGACUUCCUGAAACAGACAAAAGUUACUCAAACACACAGGAGGAAAUAGUGCAUCUGUUGAGGGACUAUUUCCAGCAGCGGAUUAAUCCACAUUUGAUGUUUUAGUGCGUAUUUGAGGCAGCAGGAUGGUGGAUUGUGUGUGUGUGUGUGUGUGUGUGUGUGUGUGUGUGUGUGUGUGUGUGUGUGUGUGUGUGUGUGUGUGUGUGUGUGUGUGUG